AGCCUUGGUAGAGUUUUUUGCGCAAUGGACACCCGAGAUACAAGCUGCACAUGACGCCGGUGUCCCUUUUGUUAUGGGCUAGACAGGCAGUGUCUCAUGCCACGGCGCGUCUGGCGUGAGCAAUACGCUGGGAGCCGCAUUAUGAGAGCUCGAUUAUAUGUUGCAUGGAUCGACCAUGGGGAUGAACGGAGUCUACUUCCACAUGGGCACGCCGUUUUUUUAUAGCAUGUGGCAGCCCGUUGAGCACAAAGGAACUCCUGCUAGAGUGUAUCCUACGUACUUCUCACUCCUCUUCAUGGCCCAGGCGCUCUCCAAUAUUACCGACCCUUAUAUCCUACCUUUGGCUGCAGCGACACAAGACUCCGAUCUCGCAUUGUAUGGUAUCCACUCUAAAGCACCAUCCGCCGAUUCCAAACCUGAAAAGGUUUUCAUUCUCAAUCUUGCCUACCUGCCGGCCAGUUCUACGAGCGCUGUUAAGCCUUCAAAGUCAGUUGAUGUGUCAGCCACAUUUGUAAAACGUGUCAACGUGACACGUCUUUCGGGGCCUGGAAGUGAUUCCAUUUCGGGUGCGACUCUGGCGGGUCAGAGCUUUGAUUCUGGAAAGGCGCAAGGAGAGAAAGGUGGAGACGGCCGAGGGAACGGCAACGCUGCGGAGCAGCGAGGCUGUGAUUAUUGAGGGCUAUUGACGUGCCGGACCUUGAUGCCUAAGGAAGGGUUUUAGAAAUGUUGCUCGCCUCGGAAAACAAGACAAGAAUGGCCAAGAAGACCCUGAGAGUUGCCGCAUGACCUGUUGGAGCUAGGAGACUGGGCAGCAUCAAGACAUUGCAGGAUAUCCAA